CGAUGGACAACUCCUCUACUCCCAAGAGAUCAGGUGCGAGCUCGAAUUUGCGGCAGAAAUCUAUGCCUUUGACGCAGUGACGGGCACAGUUUAUUCACCAGCUCUUCACAUCCGUCGCCCAGGAAACUCACUGAAGCUCCCGUGUCUAGCAGACCUUCUACGUGAAACUAUUGCAUCUUUACCGUAGCGAAUGCCUGAUUCUCCUUUUGCCUUGGCACUGCUUCUAAGGCCGAACAAACCUCUUGGCGUUUUGUUCUUCGUUGUCUGUACCGCUCUCUCACACGCUUGACUCGGUUAGAUAUGGCCUUUUUCCUAUUGGUUCCUUCUACCAAUCCAAAUGGGUUCCGUUUUUCACUAAAUUGCUGGUCAUGGUCCGAGGAGUUGCUUUCUAAGCGUGAUCGGAGGCUAAACAUCGCUUGGAGGUAUUCAUCCACGCUUUCUCCUGUCCUUUGUCGCCUCUCUCUCAACUCACGUUCCCGCUCAAAGUUUGAUCGUUGCGUCUGGAAUCUCUGCUGCAGUGCGUGCUUCAUAUUUGGCCAAUCUGCUGGUCCUGCCGAGCGUACGUGCAUCCAGUACCAGUCCUUGGCCUGCCCUUCUACCAAGCAGUGGAAAUCUUGCAGUACUUCGCCCCAACUUACUUGGUACACCGUCUACCCCAUCUUCUCGGAUGUACCAUUUCGGGACGCUGUUCCGUUGUUAUUGGCACUCAAGAUUGUUGCCUCGUAUCUUCAGGCCAAUGCCAGGAAGAUUGUUAUGGUGGACGACUUUCCAGAUUCUCACGUUGCUGUCGCUCCAAUACUCGUUGGUCUAUGGCUUCUGUAGGAUGGAUUGAAGCCCUCUCUCCUUGGACAUUGGUGGAUCUCAUCGUGGUGGAUU